GCCAUCCUAUCUCGCUAAGAUAAGCCCGGACCGCCGACCGAGCAUUAAACGGGUGCCCCCCGUCCUGCUCCUCUCACUACCACCAGUAGCAGAGGCAGUGGAGCUUCCAUCAUGGCAUCGCUCUGUGCUUCCUCUUCUGCAGUCGCUGCAGUCGCCAGGUCUCGGAAGAACGGAGCUGCUGCCGUUGCUGCAACCAAGGCAUCAUUUCUUGGAGGAAGGAAACUGAGGCAGGGGAAGCGGGCGGCACGGGCACAAACUGCACGCCGAGAGCUCUCGGUGUCUGCUGCGGCUGCACCUGAGAGGCCUCUUUGGUUCCCAGGCAGCACCCCUCCACCAUGGCUUGAUGGCAGCCUUCCUGGAGAUUUUGGCUUCGAUCCUUUGGGUCUCGGCUCUGAUCCUGAGAGCCUGAGAUGGAACCAGCAAGCGGAGAUCGUCCACUGCCGGUGGGCGAUGCUGGGCGCUGCCGGCAUCUUCAUCCCGGAGCUGCUCACCAAGAUCGGCAUCCUCAACACCCCUUCGUGGUACACCGCCGGCCAGCUGCAGUACUUCACGGACACCACCACCCUGUUUGUGAUCGAGCUCAUUUUGAUCGGGUGGGCCGAGGGGCGGAGGUGGGCGGACAUCAUCAAGCCCGGCUGCGUCAACACUGACCCCAUCUUCCCCAACAACAAGCUCACCGGCACCGACGUCGGCUACCCCGGCGGCUUCUGGUUCGACCCCCUCGGCUGGGGCAGUGGCUCGCCGGAGAAGGUGAAGGAGCUGAGGACCAAGGAGAUCAAGAACGGGAGGCUGGCGAUGUUGGCCGUGAUGGGCGCAUGGUUCCAAGCCAUCUACACCGGAACAGGGCCCAUCGACAACCUCUUCGCGCACCUUGCCGACCCCGGCCAUGCCACAGUUUUCUCUGCUUUCACCCCCAACUGAGCAAGGAUUGGAGAAGCACACGAUGCAGUCAUGAUAGAGAUGUUGUAAUCCUCGUGUGUUCUUGAGCUGUGCUUGUAACGCUUUUUACCUUUCUGCUCAUGUAAUUAUAAGCAGCAAUGGACGGUUUACCAGUUGCUUCAAA